AUGACGCCACCAGAGCUUGUCCAGAGUCAUGAGCACUCUUACGUGGUUUCAUCGGCAACCACGCCAGCUCAGACAUCACCCCCGGCACCACACAGGCUGUCCAUCGUUCAGACCGUGCCCUCCUACAACCCACCUACGCAGUACGUUCCGACGCCGCAAUCAGCAUCCUACUUUCACCCACCCCCACAGGGUCCCGCCGAGCAAUCCAUGCCGUACUUUGCCCCUCCUCCGAGUGAGCCCCUGACGCCUGCGCCGACCAAGUCUCGCAGCGUCGCCCGGCCAUUGAGCCAGUUGUAUCACAGGACAUUACAAAAGGUCGCUUCGCCCCCGAUGAGCCCGCCUUCUGCCCCAAUGCAGCACGUACCGGGCCCAGAUACGCAGCCCUACCGGGUUGUGCCCCUGGAACCGACGUACGAUGCCGUUCCAAUCCCGCAAAGCUACCAUGACAAGCGUCCGCUGUCACAGGUGUUUCCGCCAACACCAAUGUCUCUGCUUAACUCUCCCAUGCCCGUUCAGCAGCAGCAGCAGCACUACUCUGGUGCAAGUUACUUUCCUCAGACAGCCCCACCAAAUCAACCUGGCUACCCAAGUCAGCCGCAAUAUCCUCCGCCUGGUCCUGCGGCUUACCAGGCGCCGUACACACCUCCUGUCACUGAUGCGCCAUGGCAGGGCUACCAGCGUUGA